UACAUGGGCCAGGAAGACGAGUGGGAAAGACAGGGAUUGCUGGAUCCCGCUUGGGAAAGACAGCAAAAAAAGACAUUUACCGCAUGGUGCAAUUCUCAUUUGCGAAAAGCGGGAACACAGAUUGAAAAUAUAGAAGAAGAUUUUCAGAAUGGUCUCAAGUUAAUGCUCCUCUUGGAAGUCAUUUCUGGUGAACAAUUAGGCAAACCAGACAGGGGCAAAAUGCGUAUUCACAAAUUAUCCAAUGUCAAUAAAGCUCUCCAGUUUAUUGAAAGCAAAGGAGUUCAUCUUGUCUCUAUUGGAGCUGAAGAAAUUGUUGACGGCAAUUUGAAAAUGACUCUGGGCAUGAUAUGGACAAUCAUCCUGCGUUUUGCUAUCCAGGACAUUUCUGUGGAAGAAAUGACAGCUAAGGAAGGGUUGUUGUUGUGGUGUCAAAGAAAAACUGCACCUUACAAAAAUGUCAAUGUCCAAAAUUUCCAUCUAAGCUUCAAAGAUGGCUUGGCAUUUUGCGCUCUCAUCCACCGUCAUCGACCAGAACUUCUUGACUAUGGAAAACUCUCGAAAGAUAAUCCACUGCAAAAUCUAAAUUUGGCGUUUGAUGUUGCCGAAAAAUAUUUAGAUAUACCAAAGAUGUUGGAUGCAGAUGAUAUGGUAAGUUCAGCGAAACCAGAUGAAAGAUCAGUGAUGACGUACGUUUCAGCUUACUACCACGCAUUUGCUGGCGCUCAAAAAGCUGAGACUGCAGCCAACAGAAUUUGUAAGGUGCUGAAGGUUAACCAAGAAAAUGAAAGGCUAAUGGAGGAAUACGAAAGAUUAGCUAGUGAUCUUUUGGCUUGGAUUAGAAAAACUCGACCUUGGUUAGAAAACCGUCACACAGACAACACCAUACCUGGUACAAGACGCAAAUUGGCAGAGUUUCGAGAUUACAGCAGAGCUCACAAGCCUCCGAGGGUGGAUCAAAAAGCCAAACUGGAAUCCACGUUUAACACGCUACAAACAAGAUUGAGAUUAAGCAACAGACCUGCUUAUAUGCCUACCGAAGGAAAAAUGGUUUCGGAUAUAGCAACGGCGUGGAUUGGUCUUGAAAGUGCGGAGAAGGGUUUUGAAGAUUGGCUGUUGAAAGAAUUGCAGAGGCUCGAACGUUUGGAGCAUUUGGCUCGUAAGUUCAAACAGAAGUGUGACAUUCACGAAGAAUGGUCUCUAGGCAAAGAAGAUUUACUGCAGGCACAAGAUUUCAAAAAGUGCAGACUCAGCGAUCUUAAGGCAUUGAAACAACGACAUGUUGCUUUCGAGAGCGACCUGGCCAGCCAUCAGGAACGUGUUGAACAAAUUGCUGCCAUCGCCCAAGAGUUGAAUCAACUUGGCUACCAUGAUGUUAAGUCUGUGAACAUCAGAUGCCAGAAGAUUUGCGACCAGUGGGAUGUGAUGGGAUCACUCAGCCAGCAAAGAAGAAACGCCCUUGACGAAGCGGAACAUAUACUUGAAAAAAUUGAUCGUCUGCAACAGGAAUUUGCUAGGAGAGCCGCGCCAUUCUCUAAUUGGAUGGAUGGAACUAGAGAGGACCUCAUUGACAUGUUCAUUGUACACUCAAUUGAAGAGAUACAGCGCCUCUGUGACUCGCAUGAGCAAUUCAAGUUGACGUUAGGAGAAGCAGAAAGUGAAUUCAAUUCAAUUAUUGGCCUUGUUAAUGAAGUUAACAGGAUCGCUCAACAAUAUGGAAUCACAGGAGCCCAGGACAACCCUUACUCAUACAUAACUGGAAAUGAUCUCAACAAGAGAUGGACGUCACUGAAGCAAUUGAUACCUGAACGCGAUCAUACAUUGCAAAACGAACUUGUUAAGCAACAAAACAAUGAAAGAUUGAGAAGAGCAUUUGCACAGAAAGCAAAUCAGGUUGGACAAUGGAUCGAGAGAUAUUUGGAUGCUGUUACGUCGGUGGCCCUUCAAAAAGGAAAAUUGGAAGAUCAUUUGAACAAGUUGAAAAACUUUGAAAAAGAAGUAUAUGCUUACAGAAGUAAUAUUGAUGAAUUAGAACGUUAUAACAAUGAUAUCCAGGAAGCGCUAAUUUAUGAUAACAAGCACACACCUUAUACGAUGGAAACAUUACGCAUUGGAUGGGAGCAACUGUUGACAUUGGUGAACAGAAGCAUCAACGAAAUCGAAAACCAAAUCCUUACAAGAGAUGCUAAAGGGAUAACAAAUCAACAACUUGAAGAAUUUAGACGAUCUUUUCUACACUUUGACAAAUCCCGAAGCAGAAGAUUAGAUUCCAAAGACUUUAAAGCAUGUCUCAUAGCUCUAGGAUACAAUAUCAAAGAUGAUAGACAGGGAGAUGCAGAUUUUCACAGAAUUCUGUCCAUAGUCGAUCCUAACAACUUUGGAUUUGUAACUUUUGAAGCUUUCUUGGAUUUUAUGACAAGAGAAGCAUCGGACAAUGAAUCAGCCGAACAAGUCAUACAGUCUUUCAAAGUGCUGUCUGGAGAUAAGAACUACAUAACGGUGGAGAUUUUAAGAAGAGAGCUGCCCAUCGACCAAGCUGAGUACUGCAUCAGAAGAAUGGCUCCCUACAGAGGCAGAGAUGGAGAGCCAGGAGCCCUUGAUUACAGGUCAUUCUCAGCUGCGCUAUACGGGGAGAGCGAUCUUUAAAAUAAAUCGCUAUAACUCUUGAACUUUCUGUUUUACCUUUUCUGUGCCAAAUUUUAAAAUACUUUCGAAAGUUUUAUAUAUUAUUAAAAGUCGCCAUUCAUAUUUCAAAUAGCAUGUAGUAAUAUCUUUGAAAUAAAAUUUCGUUUAUACAUGAAAAUUUGUUUGAAGUGAGGUGUGUAUAAUAAAUACUAUCAGCGCUACAGUCUACGAUGUUGUUGGGAAUAUAAUUAAAAACAUUAAAAAAAGUUUAUUUCCAAGAAUAAAUUUAAAAUAUAAGCUA